CCACUCUGAUAAAGUUUUAUUACUCUCUUUGACCCUAAAGUUAUCUCACGUAAACUAUAUAACCGGUAGUCCUUGUUGGUACACCUAUUUGCAUUUCCAAGCUCAAGUAUGCUGUACAGAAGUAUUUUGAUUCUCGCGAUCCUCCUUCCAAUCGUUCUUGGAGAAUGCUGUUACAAGACCAAAGUGAACUACCAUUUGAAACACUACAGCGACGCUGGAGACUCGCCAUGGUACUGUAAGGCUUACGAGGGUGGCAGGCCCGACCUUCGCAGAGGAUUUGGCGCGUUAACAGAUGCGAUCACAGGCCGCUGCACCGUCACCUUGUGUGGUGAUGGCCACAAACCCAAGGGCACUUACUGUGGUGUCGGCAGCUGCAACAUUUUCGGCUGCAACUGUGAUGGGGGUUGCAUACCAGGGAACGCUGUAGAGGAAUUCAAGAAACGAUAUGGAAAUGACGUGAGAUUUAUUCACCAAUACAAAUUAGAUGAGAUAGAAGAUGAAAUACUGAACGGUUAAUACGGAAUAUGGGGUUGAUCUUUUUAAUUGUUUACUUUCAGCUUCUAAUAUUUCAAUGACUUUUCAUAAACUUAAAAAUUAUUAUUUUUGCAAUGUGUGCUCGUUAUUUUCAUUUAUAUAACAUUUUUCCACUAUUU